CAAGAGCAUCGAAAUUCAAAAUCUCCUUUUUUUUCUGAAAAUUUUUGUACGAAAGUCGUAAUAGUAGCCCCUUCAUAAUACAAGCCCUCCCUAAAAAUUUUGAACACUUGGACAGUUUAGAAGCCCCGGAGACUUCUAUUAUGGGGGGUAGCAAAUAUGAAAACCGAAGUCUCUAUCUUGCAUUCUUUUUGAAUUAUUCAACAAAAUAACCAUCGAUCUUAUAUUUUUGAACAGAUAGUAGAUAAGUAUAUUUGACAGGUAACUUGAUAAGUGCUUGCAAAAUAUAUGCAAGUAUCCGAAGUUCUUCGAAGUAUCUGGCACAUAUUAAGUCUAAAAAUACUUGACAAGUGCUUAAACAAGUCCUUUAGAAAAUUUGCAAGUAACUAAGUACUUGAUCUCUAAUACAUUCACUAGUGGAUCUGUGCAUUAAUAAUUCUUAGCUUUCUACAACCUCAUCUUCAUCUUUCACAAUAACAUUUUGUAUCUUUAGCUGUUGAACAAGGCCUGGCAACUAGAAGCACAAUAUUUUCAAAUAAUAAACAACGACUGGUCACUAUCAGCAUUACAUAAUCUAAAAUCAAGAAUAGUUUAUGAAUUGGGUCUAAACAAAAAUUGGACAAAUAAAAUCUCAUUUAAAUGUUUGAGAUUGAUUUUUUAUGAAAAAAGUUUUGUAUUUAAAAGAUAUGAUGAAAUAGAAGAGAAAUUAUUAUCUAAUGUAUUUGUGUUAGGAAAAUUAAUAAUUAUAUUACCAUCAUUAUAUUCAGGUGGAGAACAUUACAUCCAAUAUUCACAAGAAAAACAUUUAUUCGAUUUUGCCCAUGAUGCUAAUCAAUAUACACAUUAUGUCGUGUAUAAUGCAUCAAAAAAUUGUAAACAUGAAAUACAACCGGUGACAAAAGGGUACCAAGUAACAUUAGUAUAUAACAUUAUCAUUGAAAAAACUAGUCCAUCAAUACCACCUAUUAUUUAUUUAAAUCCUGACUUAUCUGAUAUGUUACUAGUACAAGAAUUAGACAAACUAUUAUCAACAUGGUAUCAAAAUAAAAAUCUCCCAUCAAAACUAGUCAUUCAUCUAUCUGCUGAAUAUACAAGAGCCAAUAUAUCGUCAUUAUUAUUAAAUAAAAAAGAUCGAUCGAUUGCCAGUUUAUUUUUAAAAUCAAUACAACAACAAUAUGAAGUAUCAAAGAAAAAUAAUAUUUUAUUAUAUUUCGGUAGACUUGCAUUAGAAGAAGAAUAUGAGCGUACGUACGAUGAGUACACUGACAAUACAGUAAAAAUUUCAGAUUUGAUGCCAGUGUUUACUGCACAUAAUAACGACUUUCCAUGGUGUAAAUUAUUUAAUUUUGAUAACAAUUUAGACAUUAUUGUUUCUUUUGAUGAACUAAUGGAUGAAGAGGCAUUUUUUAUGCAUAACAUGCCUAAUACGACAUUUACUGAUAUGAAUAGAAGUACAGGUAAUUAUAUUUUAUCAAAUGGAUAUGUUGGUGCAUUAUUAUUAAUUCCGUAUCAUUUGAAAUGGGAAUUGUUUAUGGAUGAUCUUCCUCGUUUUUAUACUGUACUGGCAGAAAUACGUAAGCAAAUUGAAUUGAAUUCCUCGAAAAUCAACACAUUGAUAUUUGAAGAAUGUAUUGAACUAUUUCAUUGUUUAUUUAAACGAAAAAAUCCAAAAUUUGACUUGAAAGAAAUAUUGAAAUGUUUAAUAACGUUGUAUUGUGCACAGACAACAAUUAACAUCUCAGUUAUGAAUCUAAUAAAAGACUUAAUGAAACACGAAGUAUUUAUUGAAAAAUUACUAGAAUUACCAAACGAAAUGUAUGAACUUGGUAAUUCAUUAACAUGGAUAAAUAUUUCUCUUCCAUUUCAUGAAGCAUUUCGAUCUACACUAAUGACAACAACGAUAUUACACGCAGCUAAAUUUCUUAUUUCAUUACUUCAACUAUCAAGUGAUGAUGAUACAACUUUAUCAUUCUUAAUAUUAUGUAUGACCAAUGAACUUUUGUUAUUUGCUUUUAAAAAAAGAUUUUCUGUUACUCCACUCACAGUUACACAAUUAUGUUGGUUAUUGCAUUUACUUAUACUUUGUCAUAAUGAAUAUUUAUCAUCAAUCAAACUAAUUACAUCGUCAAUUAUUAAAACUCUUCGAUGUUCUUCUAAUACGAACGUCGUAAAUGGAGUCAUACAAUCAUUGAUUCCAUUUCUUCUUAAAAUUCAAUCUUAUCACUCGAAUGAAAAUGCACAAGAGUGUUUUUUUAUAUUGCAUGAACAAUGUUUGAGUGCUUUAAAUUGUUAUUAUUGUGAGUCAAUACCACCCAUUAUUUUCCAAAAAUCAAAUAUUGAUUGUGAUUGCAAUGAUUGUAAAGUAUUAAUGUUAUUUCUCUGCGAUGUUAAACAUUCUAUUCAGCAAUUUAGCAUUGACAAACAACGGUGUUCCAAUUUUUAUAAAAUUAUAGAAGAACAGGAAUCAUUAUCCUGUGUUUAUGAACAUUUGAGUGAUGGAAAUGGACAACUACUAUUAGUAAUGAAAUCAUCUGAUUAUGAAAAUGAACGUCAAACAUGUUUAAUGUUGCGUGAAGUUCUAUUAAACAUGAUUGAACCAAAAUCAAAUAAUGUACAAGAAAAACUUUUUGCCGAUUAUCACACUAUUAGUUCAGCUAAACGUUUCAAACUAAGUAAAUAA